CGGUGCUUUGGUAAAAACCCAAUAAACACCCAUAAACUCCCAUAAUCACCCAAAAAAAUAGGUUUUUACGUAUUUUUUUGAAAAUAUGUAAGUAAUACCAAUAAAUUAUUUUUAUAAAUUGUAUUGAUCAAUUCUACAAUAUUAAAUAAAACGUUAACUAAUAAUAUUUCAGGAAAUUUUAAAAAUCUAUAUAUAAUAAAAUGAAAGUAAUUAAUUUUCAGUGUUUUCAUGUUGCAGUUGAUCAACAUGUUGGCCUUUUGCUUCCCGUAGAUACUUUAAAAUUUCUUCAUAACACCUCGUUCGCACACAUGGCCGUAUAUAUUUAAAUUCUUGAGCCACUAACAGUCCGAAAUACUCAUUUCUUUUAUCCUCUUCUCCAUAAAUUAAGCAUUUAGAACAGUUUGUUUCUUCUUUCAGUAAAUUUUCUUUUACUUUAUCCUCGUUUUUUUCUUUGUUGCGACGACGCUGGGUAAAUCAUCUGGACACUGGGUCUCACUAUCGCCAAAUAUAUUUGGAGAUCGGCUUCGGCUACGGCUUGGCAGACAUUUUUUUCUUUCUACAAUUUUAAAUUAAAUUUAUUAGAAUAAAUGCUUCGAACACACGCGAUCUAAGUACCUUUUGUGUUUAUUAUACCUUACCUACCUAGGUAUAAAAAGAGUACUUACGUAGAUUUUCUUUUAUUAACUGUUUUAUACGAAGAUCUUGAUCUCUCAAAUUAGCAUCCAUUUUACUUCCAGUGAUUAUCAACUAAAUUAAUAAUCCACAAAGUAUUAAAUAACGUUUUUAUGAAAUAUUUAGCACAAAAACAAUACCCUUUAAAUAUCGAUCGUCAGUAACUGUGGCUGACUUACCUAUAUUCUAGCAAGCAGGACUGCCAGAUGUGAAGGGGAAAUCCCCAAUAAAUUGUUGCAUGUGACUGAUGAUGUGAGCAUGUUCGUUUCAUAAUAAAAAUGUUGCCAGGUAACCAAAAAGUCGUAUGUUUUUGUGCGAAUUACGAUCAUAAUCUUUACGAUCGUACAUUAAAAAAUAGACAAAUAAUAGUAUGAGUACGAUUUAAAUCGUAUAUCUGUCAACCCUGCUAGCAAGACAGCGACAAAAUCACGUUGCAUAACAAUGUAGCCCAAGCUUAUAUCUUAUGAAAUAUACGGAAGAGAUACGGACUUAGAAAAAACAGAAAUGUUGUUCUUUGUGGAAGUCAUUGAUGAAAUUCUAUGUAUUUUAGCCCGCAAACUUUCUUCAAACAAAAACAGCGCCAUCUAGUAUCGAGUUCUGUAAUUAUCUCUUUGUUUAUGGAUUUGAAGUAAGACCGCCACGCAUGCAAUACAUUAUGACUGGGGAUUCCCCUAUUCGUCGACGCUGAAUAUGAGGCGACGACAAUCACUGUCAAACGUGUUCACUAUUACUCUGACUCUGGUAACGUGACUUCCUGGUAACGUGUUAGGUAGGAAAAGCAGUAAAAAAGUGCAUAUUAAGGGAGCAGAUUUGAAAUAAUAUUUAUACUUAACAAGAAAUAAUUAAAGGUUCAAUGGGGAGACCUAAAGAUUUACGCAUAUGGGAGCACUACCGUACUUUACCAAACAAGUCUGUUUCUUGCAAGCUUUGUAAUAAGGUCUACAAAUUCAGUAAUGCUGCCAAAAUGCUUCAACAUCUUAUCACUUGUCCAAAAUCUCCAGAAACAUUAAAAGACUCUAUGAAACUUAUAAAAGAUAGCUCGUCCAAAACCAAAAUGUCUGGACUGUCAGAGAUAGAGACAAAUGAUUCUUUUAUAAGCCCCUCGUCGUCUGCUAACACUACAAUAAAUGCUGAGUUUCAAGACACCGAUGAUCAUAUAAAAACAGAAUUAGCGAGAGCUAUAUUUGUAACAGGGACGCCAUUAUCGAUGGUGCAACAUCCUUUAUGGAUACAAUUUUUCGAAAAAUUGCAACCAAAAUUUAAAAUACCUUCACGUCAAGCUUUAGCGACAAAAUACUUAGAUAAAAUAUAUAGAGAAAUGCGUUUUGAGUUAAAUGAGGAACUAAAUGCUUGUAGUUACUUACACCUUCAGUGCGAUGGCUGGUCUAAUUUAAGAAAUGAAGGAAUAAUAAACUUUCUUAUAUCAAAACCUCAACCUGCAUACGUUAAAAGUUUGAAUACAGAAAGUAAUCCUCACACUAGUGAAUACCUUAGCCAAGAAGUUGAAAAAGUAAUGAAAGUGUAUGGAGUAAAUAAGUUUCUUGUACUUAUUGGCGAUAACGCUAGAAAUAUACAAAAGGCAUUCGAAUUAACAAAACUCAAAUAUCCACAUGUUGUUCCUCUCGGUUGCUGUGCACAUAUCCUUAACUUGUUGUGCCAAGAUAUUGUAAAGAUACAAGAAGUAACUGUGUUUAUUAUGCAAGCCAUAAAUAUAAUAAAAACUGUUAAAAGGAGUCAACGAUUAAGUUCCUUGUUGAUAAAAUCAAGGCAGGGUGAAGAUUCUACACAAACACUAAAAUUGCCUUGUGCUACAAGAUGGGGAAGUCAUGUUACUUCGUUAAAAAGUUUGAAAGCAAAUAAGAUAGCUUUGCAAAUAUUAACAGUUAGAGAAGAUGUGGUAAUUUCAAGAGAUAUUAAAGAUUUAAUUCUAAGUGAUGAUUUCUGGACGAAGACAGGGGAAUGUAUAAGUAUUUUGGAACCAGUCACUGAAAGCAUAUUUUACUUAGAGAGCGACCAGAAUCGUUUGCAUCGCACAUACAUUACAUUUAGAGAUGUACAAGCUAAGAUACGUUUUGCAUUAAAUGAGAUUUCGACAUUGAGCGAAGAAAGCAAACAGCAGAUUCUAACAUCAGUAUCUUCAAGAUGCAAUAUGGCAAUGAGGCCAAUACAUUUUGCAGCAUAUAUUCUAGACCCCAGGACUCUAGGAGUCGAACUUACUCAAGAGGAAGAACUUAAGGGUAUGGAGUUUAUCUACAAUUUAAGCCAACACUUAAGUUUGUCAAAUGUAAUGGCAGAUUUGGCGUGUUAUAAAGCUAAAGAAAACUUUUGGGCCAGAGGAUUUGUAUGGAGCUCAUUAGAUAGCAUUGAGCCCCUAAUAUGGUGGAAAGGUAUUUGUGGUUCCACUGAGUUAAGCAAAGUAGCGAUUCGUAUUCUAUCAGCUCCCUGUACUUCGGCAGCCACUGAGCGUUCCUUUAGUAUCCAAGGCUACAUACAUAAUAACAAAAGAAAUCGACUUACAACUGAAAGAACUGAAAAAAUUUCAUUCAUUUGUUAUAACUGGAAUCUUAAACAUAAAGCUGAAUGCGAGGACAUUCAGUUUAAUGAAGAAAAUACCUUAGAAGCUUUCAUUGAGCAAGUAAAUGAACAUAACAGUUUAGACGAAAUAGAGCCUAUCGAACCUAUACAAUUCAUCGCUUGUAAUAACUCUGAAUCUGACAGUGAUUGACUGUAGUUUUACAUUUUACUUUCAUCUCUUUCUUAAUAAACUCAAAAUCAAAUUAAAAGUUUUUUAUUCUGUAGGCUGCAUAAUAAUAUUGUCUAUGUCCAGUAUAGUGGACGUCUUGCGGCUGAGAUGACGAUGAUGAAGUACAAAAUCAUAAACACCCAAAAAUUUGGGUGUUUAUGGGGUUUAAACCCAAUAAACCCAAAACACCCGGUUUUUACCCACCAGACUUUAAACCCACCCAGGUGGAUUGCCCAUCUCU